AUUCCAGGUAAAGGAUAUCGUACAAAUAACGGUACUAUGUAACGAGCAAUAUUUCCCAUAGAGAUAAGACAUUUUCUUUCUGAUAAGCCGUUAAUAAGCUAGUGGCUUGUUGAAGUCCUGAAAACAGGUAUUGCAAACACUAGAAGGUAUUUUAUUUAAUGAAAGAAAAAACGCGAAAAUUUACAUGCCACACUGAGAACAGGUUUUCGAGUAUUGUUGAUGUCCCUUUGCCAUGCUGUUUUACAGUCAACUCUCCUACGGUUCGUGAGGGUUCUAGUGCUGCGCGUUCAUUUACCCGAAGAAAAAUUUCAACGAAUGAAGACAAACGAAGAGAAGCCAUCAUGUGAAAUGUUAAUCUAUAACUAAAUGAAAACAGGUUCUUAAGGUCACUUUACCUCCUGUUGUAUUCAACGCCCUUCGGUUCGUGAUGUUUUGGGUUGCCCGAUCUUUUACCAGACUGAACAAAUCGGACGAAACAAACGUAAAGAAUCUGUCGUUGGCUCAGGUUGUCUCCGAAUUAUGUACAAUGCUAAACAAAUCGGAUUGGCUCUAGCAUCGGUUUUGUCUUGGCUUCUAUUCAGUGAUACUCCCAAUGAUCCUGAAGGGUACGUACAGGAUGCCUCGAAUAUUCGAACUGAGUAUGACUUCAUCAUCAUUGGUGCGGGAUCAGCCGGAGCUGUUAUCGCCAAUCGGUUGUCGGAAAAUGCGGAUUGGAACAUUUUACUCUUGGAAGCAGGUGGCGACGAAAGUAUAGUCGGCCAAAUUCCAGCAAACGCAUUUGCUUUGCAGUUGACGAACGUAGACUGGCAGUACGAGACGCAACCGCAAGACAAUGCCUGUCAGAGUUAUAAGGAUAAGCGGUGCAAUUGGCCUCGAGGUAAAAUGCUGGGUGGCAGUUCUUCUAUCAACUCAAUGUUAUACGUUCGUGGAAACAAACGGGAUUAUGAUAAAUGGAAAAACGAUGGAAAUAUCGGAUGGGGCUAUGACGAUGUGUUGCCAUAUUUCCUGAAAUCGGAAGACAACCAAAAUCCAUUUCUUGCCGGAACCAAAUACCAUAGCAAAGGUGGUUUACUGACAGUAGGAGAGUCUGGGUUUCGUACGCCAUUAGGAACCGCAUUCAUCCAGGGUGGAGUUGAAAUGGGAUACGAACACCGUGAUUAUAAUGGGGAAUUCCAAACAGGUUUUGGUUUUGCUCAGGGAACAGUCCGCCGCGGAAGUCGAUGUUCCACGUCCAAGGCAUUUUUGCGUCCGGCGCGCAAUCGGAAAAAUCUUCAUGUCUCAAUGCACUCACGUGUUUCAAAGAUUUUAAUCGAUCCAGACACAAAAGUCGCAACUGGAGUUCGAUUUGAAAAACAUGGACAAAUUUACGUUGUCCAAGCGACUAAAGAAGUUGUUCUUUCGGCUGGAGCAAUAGCAUCUCCACAGAUUUUGAUGCUGAGCGGAGUGGGUCCAGCAGCUCACCUGACAGAGAAAGGCAUUACGCCCAUUUUAGAUCAGCCCUAUGUUGGCGAAAACUUAAACGACCAUGUCGGACUCAUCGGAAUAGUUUUCCUGAUUGAUAAACCGUUUUCUCUUCUAACGACCAGACUUAUGAAUCUUCCAACACUAUUGAAUUAUGCUUUGUUUAGAGGGACACCUCUUUCUAUGAUAAGCGGUGUGGAAGGUCUCGCAUUUGUCAAAUCGAAAUACGCUGAUGACGAUGAUGAUUGGCCUGAUGUACAAUUGCAUUUUGGUCCCGGCAGUGAUAUAUCCGACGAUGGUGCCACGAAUCGGCGCAUCCAUGGUUACACCGAUGAAGUGUGGAACGAAUAUUACAAACCAAUCCUCAACAGAGAUAGCUGGACCAUUUUGCCCUUAUUUCUGCGACCAAAGUCCAGAGGAACCAUUUUGCUCAACUCCAAAGAUCCUUACGACAAACCUCUCAUCAAUCCAAAUUACUUUAGCGACCCAGAUGAUUUAAAAAUCACUGUCGAAUCCGUCAAGAUUGCUUUGGCUCUGAGCAAAACGGAUGCUUUACAAAAACUGGGAUCUAGGUUGUACGAUAAACCUUUCCCCGGAUGCGAAAAUCAACCAUUGUGGACGGAUGCGUAUUGGGAAUGCUGGAUCAAGAGUGCAUCUUUUACUUUGGGUCAUUCGGUUGGCACUUGCAAAAUGGGACCAGACAGUGACCCAACAGCUGUUGUUACUCCGGAAUUGAAAUUUAGAGGCAUCGAAAACCUCCGUGUUGCCGAUACAUCGAUUAUGCCAUCGUUGCCAAGUGGCAACACCAAUGCACCGACGAUUAUGGUUGGAGAAAAAGCGUCCGAUUUGAUCAAAAACACUUGGUUAUAAAGAAUUUUAUUUAACCAAUGCAACAGCAUUUUUUUGUUGUUGGUUAAUUUGAGGUAUUGAAUUAAUAAAUUAAGUCGUCGCUAUUAAUAA